AUGUCUGCUAUCGUGGAGAAAGUUACCGACGCGGCGGCCAAUGCCGUCAAUGACGUUACCAAUGCUCUGGCCAAUACAUCCCUCACUGGCAACACCACCGAUGACAAGCCUGCUGCAGGCGACGCCGUCCUUGCCAGUGCUGCUGAAGGUCGCCGCCUCUACAUCGGAAACCUUGCCUAUGCGACAACUGAGGGGGAGUUGAAAGACUUCUUCAAGGGUUACCUUGUUGAGUCUGUCUCUAUUCCUAAGAACCCUCGCACCGACCGCCCAGUUGGCUACGCCUUCGUCGACCUCUCGACCCCCAGCGAGGCUGAGCGCGCCAUUGCUGAACUCUCGGGCAAGGAGAUCCUCGAGCGCAAGGUUUCUGUCCAGCUGGCUCGCAAGCCCGAGCCGGCUGCUGAUAAGGCUGAGGGUGCUAAUGGCGAGGGUUCUGGUGAAGGGGCACGCCGCCGACAAUCGACCCGUGGCCGUGGACGUGCCGGCCGUGGCCGAGGCGGUCGUGCCCGUGGCGCCCGCUCCGGCAGUGGCGAUGAGAAGAAGGAGGAUGAGCUAUCCACUGAAGCCGCUGAGGCCGGUGCUGCCGUCACUGGCGCAGCUUCAGACUCUGCCGAGGUUCAGCCCUCGAACGAUGUCUCCAAUGGGAACACUGCUGACAAUGAUAAGGCUGGCAAGAACCGUGAGCGCCGUGAGCGCCGCGAGCGUGGCCCCCCUGCCGACGGCAUUCCUUCCAAGACCAAGGUCAUGGUCGCAAACCUCCCUUACGACCUGACCGAGGAGAAGCUCAAGGAACUCUUCACCCCGUACGAGCCCUAUUCCGCCAAGAUCGCCCUUCGCCCGAUCCCCCGCUUCAUGAUCAAGAAGCUCCAGGCUCGAGGUGAGCCGCGUAAGGGACGCGGCUUUGGUUUCGUCACCCUGGCUUCGGAGGAGCUCCAGCAGAAGGCCGUGGCCGAGAUGAAUGGGAAGGAAAUCGAGGGACGCGAGAUUGCCGUCAAGGUUGCCAUCGACAGCCCCGGAAAGACGGAUGAGGAGGCCAACGCUCCCGAGACCGCUGAGGCUGAGGCUCCUCCCGCCGCUGCCAAUGACGCUGAGCAGGCCAGCGCUACUGCCGCUGCCUAA